UCGUUGUACUUUUACUGGCUGCUGUUUUUAGACUGAAUUUGGACACUAAAGAAGCAUACAUUUAAUUUCAUGUGCGAUCACACACUCGUGUAUUUUACUGCCCUCAAACUGUAAAAACCAGCUGACUUUUAUUUCCUCUGCAGGUUUAAAAUGUUAACCAGGUGGUUAACUUUCACAGCCUUCCUCGCCGUCCCAGCCAAUCCAGGAAGAGGAGCUACCGGCCAGGGCACUCUGACUGUGGCCCCCACCUGUCGGGUCAAAGGUCAUCCAGAGGUGGAGUUGACUUUACACUGUGGAGAUGGAAAGGACUUAGGUGUGGUCCAGUACUGGCACACCCCCUUUGGAGACCUCCACACUCCUGGUUCCCAUGGUAAACUGGACCCCGUCGUCAUGCACCAUGACGGGAGCCUGCUGGUCCCCAACACCAGUGCUCUCCACAGUGGCCUGUACUACUGCCUCCUGCAGCACACAGAGGGAACUACACUGUGGCCGUAUGAGCUCCACGUCGGUCACGAUGGUCAAAACCUUCAAAAACUGGGAGAAUACGAGCAAAGCAGCCGCUGCGCUGCAUUCAGGUUCAGGAGGGAUGCUGGGUCUGAGGAGGCGAAGCAGGCAGGUGUUUCAGCCGAGCUGUUUGCAGGAGCUGUGGCUGCAUCAGUGCUGCUGACCUUUGUGUUGGGAUUCAGCAUUGGAGCUUUGAGCAGGACUCAUGUUCUCAGGUGUUCAGGGGCAGUCAGGGCAAAGCUGCGGUCACCAAAACGAGGACGAAAGCGCCAAAGCGACACAACCGACCACGGCCCCGAGGUCAGCAUGACAACCCUGCCGCCCACGAACGAGAACCCGGCCUCUGAAAACGACCAGGUGGUGCACAACAACUCUGCGCCUAACCUGUCUCCUCCUGCCAAACCUCAGAGAAGCUUCCGGCACAAACGAGAGGAAGACGAGCCACCAGAAACCACUGCAUAUCUGGAAGGAUGUAACUACAAGGAGGAGGAGGAAGAACAGGGAAGAUGCGCAGAGAACAGAAAUAAAGGCAGUGAUAAGGAGUUAGAAGAGGGGGAGAAAGAGAGCCGGUUUGGUCGCUUGUAUCUGAUAGGAGAGGAUGGAGAGAGUCAAAGUGAAACAGAUGAGUAUGAGGAGGACAAACAUGGAAGCGAGAGCAGGGAGGUGAGGAGGAGUAUGGUGCAGGAGGAAGAGGAGGCGGCGGCGGCCGGUGAGGAGAAAGAUGGUGAGACGGAGAUUUCCAGAGAUUCUGAAAAGUCAACUUUUGAAAGUGAAGAUGAGGCGACAGGAGGCAAAAACCAGGAGGUGACCGAUCAAGGAGCGCUGCCGCCCUCCCCACCACGCCCAGCCCGCCGCAGCCGCGUCAUCCGCCUGUACCAGUAUGACGAGGACGGCCAGCGAUACGGCCACCUUCCAGACCCUGGCCCCCACGCUCCUCUCCCCGCCCCCAGAUUCAAACAGCGCUCCGUCUCUCUGACGCGCCUCUCCGCCAUCAUGGCUGCAGCCUCAACAGGGCCACUGGACCAGAGUCAACAGGAAGAAGGAUAGUGAGCAGACGUCAAACUUCCACAUGGACAUUUGAUAGAUGCUACAGAGAGUGGACAAAAUAAUGACAACACCAUGGCUCAAGUCGAGUCCAGCUCUACAAACUUUGUUUGGAAGGGUCGCCACAUUUAGCGCCACAAACUUAUAACUUGUCAUAAGUUAUAUUUGCAUUAUAACUAUAUAUAUUAUAAUUUCCACUCAUGCUUACUUGCAGAUCUGAGUUGCACUGAUUUGAUUUUCUCAGAAAAUCUGCAAAAAUGUACAAUAUAAAAGGACUUUCAUGUUUUGAAGUUAUUAGUUAUGCUGUAAACACCUGAACGAAGCAGAACAGCCAUCUCCCAGUGGCUGAACUGAUAUCAUGCACACCUGUACCUGAUAUGUUGGGUGUGGAAUCGAUGUAUACAUACCCUAAGACUGGACACUGUAUUUUUAUGAGGUCUGACGGGUGAAUCUGCACACGCACUUUUUAUAUCUGGGAAUCAAUUUUUGCAUAAAUUAAAAAAAAAAAAAAAAAAAAAGCUAAAGCCAUCAUCAAAGUAAUGCUAUGACUUCAUCCUGGAUCAUCUUUGCAUCCUGCUGAUGAGAUUACAGCUGAAGCUGAACUAAGCUUCACUUUUGUAAUACCACUUUGUACCACAAGGUGACACAACAAGUAAGUUAAUCUUACAUAAUGGCUCGGGUCAAUGAUUUUAACUUGUACGCCGUCAUACGGGUGUAUCUGUUCAGAUGAAGUUUAGAUCCACCAGCCUGGGUCAAGUCAAGGAAAAUAGGUAUUUUAAGGAAUCUUGAAACUGAAGUGGUACAUGCCAUGUCUGUGUGCAUUUUUAUUGGGACUGUGGUGACAUCUGAAACUAAUGAGAACCCUUCCUGCACUAAUGCUUGUUCCCAUCACCCAGGUUUCUGCAGAGACUGACACCUGAUGGUUUUUGAAGGACAAUAGGGGCAAAUCUCUAAACUAUGAAAAAGUAAAACAGCAUAAGACUGAUUAUAUCCUUUAAGUGUGAGCAGUUAAACUGUGACUUGUGUAUGGAUGAAAUGUGAGUAAAUUACUUGCCGCUUCUGAGAAUGUCCUCGCUACUUGUAAUGAUUAAAUCAUUAUGCUUUCAUGUAUAAAACAGGACAUGAUGUCAGAUAGUAAAUUUAGUUUGUGUUUGGGGGGGAAAUAAGUUGACUCUCCCUGCUCUCUUAAUUAAGGAUUAAUCUUCCACUUAUUAAGGCAGGCCGUUUACUCCAGCAGUCCCCGACCUUUUUAGCGCCACAGACCGGUUAAAUGUCAGACAAUAUUUUCACAGACCGGCCUUUAAGGUGUCGUGGAUAAAUACAACAAAUAAAAUGAUACGAUCAA